UCAGUCUAUGUUCCGGUCACAUGACGUUAUGGGUGUGUUUAUACAGUCGAUGUAAACACAGAAGGCGAUCUGUGUAAUCUGUCUGAAGGACCAAAACGACACCAUAUUCUAAAAUAACGUAUUAGCGACACCAUUUUAAUUAUCCAUGCUAUGCUGUGACAUCUAGUAACCCGAAGCCAUGGACUUCUACAUCAACUUGAAGGUGAAUUUCAGAGGAAAUGCGAAGAAUUUCCUUCUGUCCGGCUCGGAAACGAAGAGCUGGGAGUCAAUGGAGGCCAUGGUGAAAAGGUCCUUUGGCUUGUGCAAUCUGCAGGUGACGUACUACGACGACGAAAACGAAGAGGUCUCCAUAAACAGUCAAUUGGAGUAUGAGGAAGCUCUAAAGAGUGCAGCUCGGCAGGGUAACCGACUGCAGAUGAACGUGUAUGAGACCAGGGGCCCGGCUGCCAGGGGCCCAGCGCUCGGCUCCUCCAAGCCCAGCAGCACCACGGAACCGAAGAAGGGCUUCCGCCCUCCCCAGCACUGCCCAGCUCUGGCCCAGUCUACCCUGCACUGCCCAGCUCUGGCCCAGUCUACCCAGCACUGCCCAGUAUUGGCUCAGGUGGUCAGCCGCAAAGUCCAAGCUGCCAUACCUGAGCAAAGCAUGGUGAUCAUGAAGGAGCUAAAGGGGACCAAAGAGGAAGAUAAGACUCCGCCGGCGUGGUUUACGUCUUACAUGGAGAAGUUCAAGGACCAGGUGGUGAGGGAGGCGGUGGAGAAGAUCUGCCGCGAGUUCUCUGGCCAGUGCUGCAUCCACAAGCCGGUGGGCGCAGAGGCCCAGGUCCCGGAGGUCACGUCCUCCACCCUGCCUGGGGCGCCCAGCUCAGCCCCUGCCUGCAGCAGCUGCCGUGGGCAGACCCCUGGGGGGGGAUACCAGUGCAGUGUGUGUACCUCCUGUACCCUGUGUGAGCCAUGCAGUUUCUCUCACGACCCCAGCCACAGCCUCGUCAGGGCCAGAACCCCCCUCUCCAUCCCAGAACACGGAUCCCCUGCCCCGGACCACAGCAGGUUCUACCGCCGGGGGGACCGGAGUUUCCGCAAGGCGGAGAAGCAGCGCCUGAAGGCGGAGAAGCGGCAGCUGAAGGCAGAGGUGAAGGAGAUCAGGAAGCAGCUGAGGAUGGAGAGGCGGGGCAUCCAAUGGAGCGCAGCGGGCGACGGAAGCUCCUCCCCCGUCCUGCUUCAGCCCAGGGCCACCCAAGUCAACAGCCCCGAGCGGCCGAAGCGGCCAUGUCCUCUGGCCGUACCCGCCAUGACGGCUUUGUUUCUGGAUGAGAACUUGCCAGACGGAACGCGUUUACGCCCGGGCACCAAAUUCAUCAAGUACUGGAAGAUGAAGAACACUGGGAGGGUGUGCUGGAACUCUGAUACCAAGUUGAAGUUCAUGUGGGGGAACCUGGCGGUGGGUUCGGGGGACCGCUGGCGUGAGGUGCCUGUUCCGGCGCUGCACCCGGGUCAGGUGGGCGUGGUGAGCGUGGCGCUGUGCGCUCCUGCGCUGGAGGGCUCCUACACGUCUCACUGGCGCCUGGCGCACGCCAGCGAGCAGUUCGGCCCCCGCGUGUGGUGCAGCAUCGUGGUGGACCCCCUCGCCCCCACCGCCGUGUCCGUGGACGGCCUGCUCGUGUCCCCCUGCGUCACCCCACUGCAGGAUAAAGCGGCCCGCUCUCCAGACAAGGGAGGCAAAGGCUGCUCUGGCCCCAGGGUGCUCAUGUCUGUGGAGCAGGACUCAGACCGGGAGUUCUACAUCCCCUCCGUGGACCUGCUCACAGCUCAGGACCUACUGUCUUUCGAACUUCUGGAUAUAAACAUAGUCCAGGAACUGGAGAGUGUGCCAAACAACACUCCAGCAGAUAUGACCCCCUGUAUGUCACCCCUGCCCCAUGAGGGCCCCCUACAAGAGAAACCCUCCCUGGCACUCAUCCAGGAAGAGGCAGAGGCCCAAGGAGUGAAAAGCAUUCUGGACGUGGCCCAGGCACCGGAGCUGAACCUCGUCCCUGCUCAGGAGGAGGGCGAGGAGGAGGACAUCAGCGGGCCGCAGUUUGUCUGUGAGACGGUCAUCCGCUCUCUCACUCUGGAGGAGGCCCCGGACCGCAGCCGCCUCUGCUCCAGCGUCCCCAGCAAACGUAUGCACACCACAGGGGACCUGUCAACCCCUCUCUGUUUGCUAGUUACCGACGGUCGUGGAGAUCUGGAGCACUGCUUUCCCCACGUGCCUCAUAGUAGUGUUACCUGGAAGAUACUCCCUGUAGUCCGUCCGGCAGUGCAGGGAUCGGCCUCCCUUGGUGAGAGGAGAGUGCAGAAAGUUCCAGCAGCUGUGGUGAUCGUGACUCCCGCUCCUUCCCCAUUGCAAACAGAGCAGCCCAAAGCAGCUAACGAUCAGGAGUCAGACAUCGAGAGCAUCUCAGUCGACCCUGGCCAUGAGGAACAGAGGGAGGAGAGGGAGGAUGACAAAAAGAAGAGUAAAGAAGAGGAAGAAAUAGAAGGAGGCAAGGAGCUCAGGGACACAGAAGAGGACAAGGAGUCACGAUCCCGGACGUCUUCAGCGUCGUCAGAGGACUACAUCAUCAUCCUGCCUGACUGCUUUGACACCAGCCGGCCACUAGGGGAGUCCAUGUACAGCUCGGCGUUAUCCCAGCCCGGAGAUAGCCUUGAGAGCCAGGGGGACGCCGGCCGAGUCACUCCGGAAGGGGAGCACAGCGGGGCGGAAGAGGCCGCAGCAUGCCUUGGGAUUAGCCUCAGCGCUAAUGUCGGCGCCAAUGCUAACGAUAUGCUGUGCACCUCUCAGACUCUGGAUGCGGUUCCACUCACCCCAGUAGUGGUGACGGCCCCUCAGCCCUGCGCCUCUGCCAGCUCAGAGAAUCAGGACCAGCGUGAGACGCAGGGUCUGGAUGUGAAUGAACUCCACCAGUCAGAAGACCAAGAAACCCUUUCUGAUGUGGUCCAAACUCAGCCAGGCAGCCCUUCCACCCCCAAGACCAGAGACUCAGAGACACAGGACCUCAGUUCCCAGGGCAUUACAGGAGGGCUGGUGAAGGGCGCCCUCUCGGUGGCAGCGUCUGCCUAUAAGGCUCUCUUCACUGGGCAGCAUGGCCAAGACCCGCCUCCAGAGGACACGGCGACGCAGGAUGCCAUGAUGGCCGUGCUGGUGGAGAUGGGCUUCGGGGACCGGCCGCUGAACCAGCGGCUGCUGCAGAAACAUAACGGCAAUCUGUUGGACGUCGUCAACGAGCUGGUGCAGAUGACCGACAACGACUGGUUCUCCGCCAGAUACUGAGGCGAACGGAUCUCUCAGUCUCUCGAUCUUUCUCUGUCAUUCCACCACUUCAAAAUUCUCCCUCUUUAUCUUCUGAUUUCUCUCACACAAACACUUUUGAUCUCCUUGUCUCAGUGCUACAGGUAAUGCUCUGACUGUGAAUUAAUGAGACAUUCCAAUAUGAGGACACAAAAUGACUUUGAGCCUGUUGAGAAUACAGGCAGUCUUGUCUAGAAGUUCGGUUUGAAAAGGCUCUUUUUUUUUUGACAGGCAGCCAUAUCCAAAGUAGAUAGUAAGUAUUUAUAAUCCCAUCAUAGGCAAGUAAAUUGGUUUUCUAAAAGUGGGUAGCAAAUCAUAUUAGAAAUAAUACAGCGCUCUUGGCAGGCAGUACUUUUUGAUUGAUAGUAGCAUUACAGUAGGAAUAUGAGAUAUAAGUGUCUAUGAAACCAUGUCCAUUCUUCCCUGUAAAACGAUGGGCAGGCAGUUUGAGAGCAGGUAUGUCUAGUAGGUCCUCACCUUGUAGCCAUAAUGAAAGCAGCUUUUUUCCUGUCGGACAGUGGUAUUCCAAAAUGUCCUCUACCACAUUUUUAAGUUAUGUCCACUGGGUAAAAGAAAUUCUGGACCUGCACUUGAAAGACAAACAGGAGUCUUUCAAGGAGAUCGUGACAGGGUGUGAAAAUCAUUUUUUAUCAAAUGCGUGCAUGAUCAUCGGUAUAGGUAUAAUAUGCUGCAGUUUUUGAUUUGUCUAUUAGAUAUAAAGGUUAUGUAGACAAGACAUAUGGUGUCCUAAUGUCUGGAUAUAUCAUGUUUAUCAAUAACAUAGUAACUUCAUGCCAUGACACAGUAGCCUGCAUUUCCUCAUAAAAAUGUUCACACUCAUAUCACCGUGGAAACGGUCAUUGCCUACUAACGGUGUGGGUGUCCCCUUCUAACUGAGAUUGUACUGAAAGAGUAUGUUUGUAGAAUCACCCUGAAAGAGGUAAUUUGCACCCCUGUAAUGUAAGAUAAUCAGUAACUUGUAUGUGAAUUGAGGGACCCAUGGUUACAGGGCAAAAAGUCUUGAAAAGAAGGUUUGCACAGUGAUAUGUUGGGAAAGUUGAAGGGAAUGGGAACAGAGGAUAUAUUUCUAUUUAGAUAUCCCAAAUCAACUGCUAUUGUUUGCUUUUACCUGAACCAAAUUUAAGUAUCAUUCCAAAUCUUAAAUGGAUUGUGCAUAUUUGAAUAUUAAAUUAUUGUUUUUCCUAUGUUAUGCAAAAGAUACUUUUGGAAAGGAAUCUUGAGGGGGAACACUGAGUUUUAAAUGUGUUUCAGCAAUUGCUGAAAAUAACAUGUAACUGAAAUUAUGACUUUAUUUAAGAGCAUCCAUUGUAUGAAUACAUUUGCACUAUGCAUAGGAAGAUGUUAGAAGACUGGUGAUGGAAAAUAUGAAUUGGUUGAAGAGCAUACGCUCUCAGUCACUAGCUGGAAUGGGUAGCAGUCACCUAGCUCUAGUUAGGUCAGGUGAAAAAAAAAAAUACAAUUCCAGCUGAAAUGUAAAUGGUUAUUGGUACUUAUUGAAAAUGUAUAUGUUGGAAUGGAUUAUCUAUUUUAUGGUUUCUUUCUUUUUUGUCUCCUUUUGCUGUAAUAGUAUAACAUUAAGCUAUAGGUCAGUAAGAUUGGUAUUUUGAUUGCUAUCAAAUGAAGCACUUAAUUAGUAGUAAAGUCCAGCGUGGCUCUUAGCUGAAUUGCACCAGUCACACACACUAUCAGUCUGUGCAAAACCGCCAUUCCCAAUCAGAGUGUGCUGAAAGAGACUACAUCAUAUUAUACUAACAAUCUUCUUGUAGGGCCAGUUGCUAGAAAUAACUGGACCUUAUGGAUAGACUGGACCUUAAUGAAUGUAGUGGAUAAGCUAAUCGCAACCUCCUCUGCUUAGGCAGCUUAUUCAGUGAACAGAUCUCUGGCUUCAUGGGCCGUGUUUUAAAGGCCGUAAAGCAGCAUUCAUGUGCCGUGUCAAUAUGUGUACCCAAACAGGCCUGUUCCUUAAGCUAGAGUCAGUUAGAGUUGAAUGCCCCUCUUAAGAUAAAAUAUGUUACAUUUAGUCUGUCUCAGCAGAUACCAUUACAGCUACCUUGUUUAGCUACUUACAGAUGGUGAAAUGGGUGGUUGUGUGUUGUUUUUUUGUUUUUUUUGUCCAUCAUCCCCAGAUUGACGACUCAUGGUCAGACCUCUGCCAGAGUUGGCCACUGGCCACUAUCUGGGUCAAAGGUUAUGAGACCAUUGCCUCUGCAGUGGUGUGUGUGUGUGUGUGUGUGUGUGUGUGUGAGAGAGAGAGAGAGAGUGUGAAAGAGAGCACGUGCUGAACAUGUGUGAUUGUGAAGAGUGUGCGGAAUCUGUGUGUGUGUGUGUGUGUGUGUGUGUGUGUAAGCUCUAACUGUGUAAUAGUCCAUAAAACACUCAUAUGUUAUACAGAUGUGAUGUGCAAACCUAUCACUAAUAAACAUCACAAUAAUAUUCA